AAGACAAAGAUCACUUGGAUAUAGAUCUGCAUUACAAUCAUAAUUCUCUCAUUUUGGGCUUGGACGUUGCUGAUGUUAGAUGGGAUCUGAAAGAAUCAACUGAUUGACAUGCAGCAAGCUAUAAACAAGCAUUGACCAUGAAAGCCAAAACAAUCAUAUCGAUAAUCCUUGGGGUAACGCUACUGGUAGCCGCCGUGGCAAAGUGUAAUGUUCCGCCAGAGCAAGCUUUAGAGCCCCGAGAUCUUACUAAAGUUAUAGAAAAUGAGCAAAAAACAAAAUAUGUAUGGAACCAAGAAGAACAGGAAAAAAUAAAACAACAGGAAUUUUUUCCUUUACCAAACAAACAGAAGCUACCAAGAAAUACAGAAAAUAUUUACGAAAGAAGAAAAAAGUAUUCUGUCAUACAUCCUCAAUUAAUUCAUGCCAAGCAAGAGUCAAAACUUUUACAGGAAAACGUUGCCCACGGGUAUUCACAUAAUGUUGAAAUCAUAGCAGAAUCAGAAUCAGAAUCUGGUUCAAGAUUUGAAGGCUCUGGAGUCAUAGAAUCAACAACGCAGAGGGUUACGCAAACAUACACAACACCAGAAGGCUCUGGAGACAUUGACACAACCCAGGAAACAGUGACGAUAAUAUUCACGACUCCAGAAGGCUCUGGGGAAGGCGCUGGAGACCUUAAGACACCAUCAACUGCUACAGAUAUAUUCACAACAAGACCUGUUGGCCUAACAACACCCUAUUGUCAAAAUGGAGGUUCUUAUAGUGAAGGUAAAUGUAUUUGUCCAAACUUCAUUGGAGAAUUUUGUGAGACUCCAAGUGACAGAGUUGUUAUUGGCAAAACUGUGCUAGCAACAGUAACGGUGGAAAUGAAAAUCACUAACAGAGCAUAUCAGGAUGAGUUCCAGAAUUCCUCAUCUACUGAAUAUAAAGAGUUUGAGGAUGAAUUUAUAAAAGAGAUGUACAACUAUUAUAAAAUUCUUGAUGGCUAUGUCGGAGUGGAGAUUAAAGAGAUAAGGCCUGGAAGUGGCUCAGCUAGGAAAGGAAGGGUCUUUGCAAGAAGCGACGAUGCAUCUGCUACGAGUGGCGAUAUGGAUGUGAAUCAUGACGUCAACUUCAGAUUAUCAUUAAAGAAAGACUUGAAUAUGACUACCGAAUACAAUAAACAAUUGGAAAAACUAACAAAACAAUUAGAAGAACUCAGACCAUGCACCGGUGACAACUCUGGAUUCUGUAUUGAUGGUGACAGUUUGAAUAUCAUACCAGUGGAACUAAAAACUGUAGAGGAGCUCUGUAUGGAAACAAUUCCCGAGGGUUUCAAAGAAUUUUAUAGCCCGUACUUCUCCACCGAUGAAGCACUGACUUGCAUAUCUGACUGUGAGGAUUCCUCUGAGAAGUACAAAAGCUGUAACAAAGGCACUUGUCAAAUCCGGAAACAAACUGGCCGUUCAUGCCUCUGUCCUGAUACAGAGAUCUACCUCUAUAUGUACUCCGACUGUAAAGGGCCCAUACUGAAGUCUGGUGUGUACGGAGGAGUCGGAGCUGCCAUCGCUGUCUUGUCCCUUGCCUUAAUCACUGUGACUUACUUAUUGUUCAGACGUGGUAAAGACAAAAAACUACUAGAACCGUUUGCUAUCGAUCAAGAAGAUAACUGGUCUGAAGAAAAUGACAGCGAGUGGCAUGUAGAUCGUGGGAUCACCAACUUGCCUGUAAAUGUGCAUGAAACAAAUGGAGAUUCAUCCAACAACAUCUCUUCAAGGGAGAAGUUUAAACCAACCCUGGAUAAAAUAGACACAACAAUUGAGAUCAAGAUACAGAGACCAGAGGUUGCCAGGUUGUGAUCUGACCUCUUGGACAGUGCACAAUUGGGGGUCACCAUCACAGAAACAUCAUCAAAAAAGUGUGAUUGACCAGUUGCGAUAUGCCUUCAACAGUGUCCUUUAGGAAGAAUGUCUUCUAAUGUACAUUCACCAUAAUUAGAUUGAGUCUUUAACUUCACUGGGUUCAUGUAAAGAUAAUGAUGAUGAUGAAGAAGCCAACAGGAACUCAAGUUUCUAUCCAAAGCUCCAUUCACAACUUAUGAAAUAUGUCUAUAUGUUCUCCUCAGUUCUGCACCAUUGUCCAUAUCUGGCAUCAUCCUAUUCUUCAGUCACUUUAAUACAUCAAAUUAUGCUGCUUCUCAGCAUUAUAAUUUUCAAUUUUAUUUUUUUAUGUUAAAGACAAGUACAUGUGGUGUUUGUUGUGAGAGACUGUGAACUGGACGGUUAUUCUGUGAACAUUUUUUAAUGUACAUUUUACACAUGGAGAAAAAUGUAUGUGUACAAAAAAAGGAAGUUAAGUUUUAUUAUAUAUAUUUUUUACUGUAUCAUUGAAAUGUAACACCCAUAUCCUUUCUCCUUCAUUGGCAAUGACUUAAAUAAUUAAAUAAGCAGAACAAUACUCUUCAAGAUUUAUAAAUACUAGAAAGGCAAUUUUCCAAUCAGAGUAACGUUUAUAUUUGCAAAAGCCGAACCAUAUACAUAGCAGAUGAUUUUGACAUACGAUUGUUUUUUACAGAAUGUUUUAUAAAGAUUUUAUAGAUUCAUUAACAGUUUGGGGCAUGGCAUCCACUAUUAUUAAUGUUUUAUUACUUGUCAAACAUGAUUUAUCAACACUCUUCCUGUUUGAAUAGAAACUCUUACAAUUAUCAAAAAUAACACUAUAAUGGAGAUGUCGCUGAACAUGAAAAAAAAAUCACAAUAUACAAAAAAAACAUAGUAACCAAUCAUCCAUAAAUAAUAAAAGUAUCUACAUACUGUAUAUCUCUAAUUACUUUUUUACUGUAUCGAAAACAAUUUUUGAUGUAUUAAGAUGACUUCCACACAAAACAGAUAAAAACAAGUAAAAUGUUCAUUGCCAAGCCCGUACUUAAUUAACUUGCACAUCUCAAAUUAACUCAUUGGA